CCGGCCCCGGGACCGCACGUGCGGCUCCCGGCUGGCUCCGCGGAUCCUGCAGGGGGCACCAGCCUGGGGGCGGCCGAGGCUCCUCCCGCCCGGAGCUGCGCCCCCACCACUUCCGAGGGUGUAGCCGGUGGCGCCUGGGACGCCCCCUCCCCGCAAAGUGUCCCCGAAUUGCACUUGCUUGCCCCCUCCCCCCUACCACACGCCUCAGCAGACAGCCGGGCGCACCGGCCAUCCCGAGUUGGAUGUGACCGAGCCCAUCCCGGGGCCAAGUCGUCGUCGGCUGUUGCCCCCUCAGCCCCUCCCGCCCCCGCCUCGGCCAUGGCCCCGGGGAUGUCGGGCCGCGGCGGCGCCGCCCUGCUCUGCCUCUCCGCGCUGCUCGCCCACGCCUCCAGCCGCUCACACCCGGCCAGCCCCAGCCCGCCAGGGCCGCAAGCUAGCCCAGUGCUGCCGGUCAGCUACCGCCUGUCGCACACGCGGCUGGCCUUCUUCCUGCGGGAGGCCCGGCCACCACCACUACCACCCUCCGAAGCCAAUGGCUCCCUACAGCGCUCCGAGCCCUUCGUGGUGUUCCAGACCAAGGAGCUGCCGGUGCUCAACGUGUCUCUGGGGCCCUUCAGCACAAGCCAGGUGGUGGCACGGGAGCUCCUGCAGCCCUCCAGCACGCUGGACAUCCCCGAGCGCCUGACGGUCAACUGGAAGGUGCGGGCCUUCAUUGUGCGCUCCCGCGUGCCUGCCUCACAGCCCGUGGCGCAGGUGCUUUUCUACGUGGCCGGCCGAGACUGGGACGACUUCGGUGUCACUGAGCGCCUGCCCUGCGUCCGCCUGCACGCCUUCCGCGAUGCCCGCGAACACCCGCUACUGCGCAUCGGGAGCAUCAGCCUGUUCCGGCCGCCGCCCCGCAGGGCCCUGCAGGAGCACAGACUGGACAGCAACCUGAUGAUCCGCCUGCCCGACCGGCCCCUCAAGCCUGGGGAGGUGCUCAGCGUCCUGCUCUACCUGGCUCCCAACGCCUCUUCGGCCUCCAGCCCCAGCGUGGAGCAUUUCACACUCAGGGUGAAGGCCAAGAAGGGUGUGACCCUUCUAGGCACCAAGUCACGGAGUGGCCAGUGGCAUGUGACCUCAGAGCUACUGACGGGAGCAAAGCACUCAACAGCCACUGUGGAUGUGGCCUGGGCUCAGGGCACACCCCUGCCUCCCUGGGAAGGCCAGGGACCCCUGGAGAUCCUGCAGCUGGACUUUGAAAUGGAGAACUUCACCAGCCAGUCAGUCAAGCGGAGGAUUAUGUGGCACAUUGACUACCGUGGCCACGGCGCUUUGCCUGAGCUGGAGAGGGCAGUCACAGAGCUCACGGUCAUCCAGCGGGAUGUACAAGCCAUCCUGCCUCUGGCCAUGGACACAGAGAUCAUCAACACAGCCAUCCUGACUGGCCGCACUGUGGCCAUCCCUGUCAAGGUCAUCGCCAUUGAAGUGACCGGCAUCGUGCUGGAUGUUUCUGCUCUGGUGGAAUGCGAGUCUGACAAUGAGGAUAUCAUCAAGGUGUCCAGCAGCUGCGACUACGUAUUUGUGAGUGGAAAAGAGUCUCGAGGGUCUAUGAACGCCAGAGUCACCUUCCGCUAUGAUGUGCUCCAAGCCCCCUUGGAAAUAACCGUCUGGGUACCCAAGCUGCCGCUACACAUCGAGCUCUCAGACGCCCGCCUCAGCCAAGUGAAGGGCUGGAGGGUGCCCAUCCUCCCCGACCGGAGGUCAGCCCGGGAGAGUGAGGACGAGGAUGAGGAGGAAGAGGAGCGGCGGCAGAGCGUGAGCCGGGGCUGUACCUUGCAGUACCAGCAUGCCACCCUGCAGGUCUUCACCCAGUUCCACACCACCUCAGCAGAGGGCACUGACCAGGUGGUCACCAUGCUGGGCUCGGACUGGCUGGUGGAGGUCACUGACCUGGUCAGUGACUUCAUGCGGGUAGGUGACCCCCGAGUGGCACAUUUGGUGGACAGCAGCACGCUGGCAGGCCUGGAGCCAGGCACCACCGCCUUCAAGGUGGUGUCCCCACUGACGGAGGCCGUGCUAGGGGAGACGCUGCUGACAGUGACGGAGGAAAAGGUCAGCAUCACACAGCUGCAAGCCCAGGUGGUGGCCAGCCUGGCCCUGUCCCUGCGGCCGAGCCCCGGGAGCAGCCACACCAUCCUGGCCACCACGGCCGCUCAGCAGACCCUCAGCUUCCUUAAGCAGGAAGGCCUCCUGAGCCUCUGGCUCUCCUACAGUGACGGCACCACAGCGCCACUCUCUCUCUACAGCCCCCGUGACUACGGGCUGCUGGUGAGCAGCCUGGACGAGCAUGUGGUCACCGUGACCCAGGAUCGCACCUUCCCACUGGUGGUGGCCCAGGCUGAGGGAGCCGGGGAGCUGCUCCGGGCGGAGCUCAGCAUCUCUGAGAGCUGUCAGAAAACCAAGCGCAAGAGCGUGCUGGCCACUACCCCCGUAGGCCUGCGGGUGCACUUCGGGAGGGACGAGGAAGACCCCACUUAUGACUACCCUGGCCCCAGCCAGCCGGGACCCGGUGGGGGCGAGGAUGAGGCCCAAGGAGGCGGCCAGUCAGGCACUGCACACCCCGCUCCAGGGGCCUCAGGCCAGGGAACCAGCAGCCCCAUGGCACCGCCCACUGAGGACUUCCUGCCACUGCCCACGGGCUUCCUGCAGAUGCCCCGAGGGCUGACCGACCUGGAGAUUGGCAUGUAUGCCUUGCUGGGUGUCUUCUGCCUUGCCAUCCUUGUCUUCCUCAUCAAUUGCAUCGUUUUUGUGCUGCGCUACCGGCACAAGCGCAUCCCGCCUGAGGGCCAAACCAGCAUGGACCACUCUCACCACUGGGUGUUUCUGGGCAACGGGCAGCCACUGCGUGUGCAAGGGGAGCUCUCACCACCUGCUGGCAAUCCGCUAGAGACGGUGCCCGCCUGCUGCCAUGGUGACCACCACAGCAGCGGCAGCUCACAGACCAGCGUCCAGAGCCAAGUGCACGGCCGAGGUGAUGGCUCCUCUGGCGGCUCCGCCCGGGACCAGAACGAGGACCCUGCCAGCUCACCCACCUCCAAACGAAAGCGGGUCAAGUUCACCACCUUCACCACUCUGCCCUCUGAGGAGCUGGCCUAUGACUCGGUGCCUGCCGGAGAAGAAGAUGAGGAGGAUGAAGAGGACCUGGGUUGGGGCUGCUCAGAGGUGGUCGGCUCCACGAGGCCCACAGCACCCCCAGACCUGCACAAUUAUAUGCGCAGAAUCAAAGAGAUCGCAUAGGCGCUGGGGAGUGGGUUGAGGGAGGGGUGCAGUAACUGCUCCAACCCCCAGACCCCGGCUCACCCAGGGCAGGCAGCUGGAUGGAUUUAUACUUCCUGCCCCUGCAGCUUUGCCCAG